GCCAGCGCUGUUCAGUUCAUUGGUUGGCGGGGAGGGCAGACUCAGCUGGACUCCUCUGACAACGCCGUAACACCACCAUAACGGGAAUAAAACAAACGAAGCAGACCGGAGCCGGGCUGACGCACUGUAGCAGCACCACCGACCGUUAAACCACAGGUGACCUCCUCCUGUGCAUAAAUGAGUUACGAUCAUCCUCCCCCUUAUACUGGCCCUGCGGCUCCUGGGUACCCUGCCCCUUCUGCUCCUGGUUACCCCGCUCAGGGAUACCCACCUCAGGCCUACCCUGCUCCGGGCUAUCCACCUCCCACAGAUCAACAACCUUACCCCAACUUCCCCCCAGGGCCUCCUGGACAAUAUCCAGUCCAGCCAGGUUAUCAGGGCUAUCAGGUACCCCCCCAGCCACCGUAUGGAGGACCAAUGUAUGGGGAGCCUCCUAAAAACACAGUGUACGUGGUGGAACAGGGACGGCGAGAUGAUUCUGGAGAGCAGGCAUGUCUGACCGCCUGCUGGACGGCGCUGUGUUGCUGUUGUCUGUGGGACAUGUUGACCUAAUCUGACCUCACAAAGCCCUCAUCUGUAAAGACCUCUCCCUCCAUAUUUAUGUAUGGCUACUGCAAAACCUACUUCUGAUCUAAUGAAAGGAAAAGAAUCAUUUUUGUUUCAGGUAUUUUUCGUAUUCUGGUUUGGAAUACCUCUCUUCACUCCUUCAGUGACUACGCCGCUAUGCACUGAGAAAUAUUUAUAGAUAAAAUGCAAUCCUAUUUCUAGGAGAAUGUUAAAAUGAACUUUUUUAUUUUUUCUGUAGAGAUUACAUGGUAAUGCCUCUGACUCUUAUUAGAGAACUACAUUAGGAUAUUGUCCAAAGUUUUAGACAUGGUCAACAUAGAGCAUGAAUGUUUUUGAGCAGUCUAAUGAAGCUACUGUGGGAAAAAAUGAUUGUUAAGCAAAUGGCUGUCCAAUCUGAAAUGAUUUCUCAUUAUUAAAGUGUACCGAAUAAAACCCCCCUCAUGUUCUGAGA